AUGGCCGCCUGUGGGCUGCUCCUGCCCCGGAGGCUGCUCCUGCUGGGGAUGGCCGCCCUGGCUGCGUCCGCUCCGGAGUCAGCCGACCUGGUGGACCUGUGCGGGCAGGCGUGGCGCGGGGACGCGCUGCUGCUGCGCUCGCACUCCGCGUCCCGCAAGUUCUACUUCGUGGCUCCGCACACGGACUGCGGGUUUUGGAUGCACGCAGCAGCCGCAGGCGACAGAAUCCGCUUCCAAUUCCACUUCUUCCUGGUCUACAGCCUGACCUCGGGGGCCGGGGGGCCCAACUCUUCCCUGGCGCCCGCAGACCCGUGCGCCCCCGGCUCCUACCUGCAGUUCUACGAGGGGCCGCUGGGGGCGCCCCGGCCCCUGGGGCCUCCCCUCUGCGGCCUGACCAUCCCGGCCCCCGUGGCAUCCUCGGGACGCUCCCUAGGGCUGCGCCUGGUCACUAGAGGCCGCCAGCCCCGCGUGGACUUUGUGGGCGAAGUCACCUCUUUCCGGCUGGGACCCUGUGGAGCCUAUUUCCGCUGUCAGAAUGGCAGGUGCAUCCCACCGAGCCUGGUGUGUGACCCCUGGGGCAUGGACAACUGUGGUGACGGCAGUGACCAGGGCUCCUGGCCACCAGCCAGCUGUAGAGGCCCUGGGUUACACGGGAUGGCGCUGGCCUCCUCUCUGCUGCUGGCCUCUGCUGGCCUCCUCGUGGGCCUCCUGUGGUGCUGCUGCUCCCUGGGCUGGCUGGCCUGGGAACCUGGGGUCCAUGGCCUCCGCCUCCGACGCAGUACACCCUGCAACAUCUGCCACAUGUGUCCUGACCGGGUUGCCCCUGGGGGGCUACGGCAGAGUGGGCUGGCCUUCCAGGAUCGGGAGACCGUCCCUAGAGAGGCUGUGGGGGUCUGGGGACGAGAGUGGGCUCUGGGGCCAGACAUGCCCUGA